GGCCACCAUGCACUUGCUGGGCUUCUGCUCUCUGGCGUGUUCCCUGCUGGCCGCUGCGCUGCUCCCCGGUCCGCGCCGGGCGCCCGCCGCCGCCGCCGCCUUCGAGUCGGGACUGGGCUUCUCGGACACGGAGCCGGACGCGGGCGAGAACAAGCUCUCUUUGCAGCUGGCACACCCUAGCCAAUUGGCCAAUGAAAUCCAGAAGACAGAAGCUAGUGCGGAUUUAAGGGAAAACUUUCGCUUUUGUAAUAAGGCUUAUGCAGGCAAAGAAAUGGAGGAGCAGCUGCGGUCAGUGUCCAGUGUGGAUGAACUCAUGACUGUGCUCUACCCCGAAUAUUGGAAAAUGUACAAGUGUCAGUUAAGGAAAGAAGGCUGGCAACAUAGUACAGAACAGGCUAACACCAACAUAAGGACAGGAGAGACUCUAAAAUUUGCUGCAGCACAUUAUAAUACAGAGAUCUUAAGAAGUAUUGAUAAUGAGUGGAGAAAGACUCAAUGCAUGCCACGGGAGGUGUGUAUAGAUGUGGGGAAGGAGUUUGGAGCAGCAACAAACACCUUCUUUAAACCUCCAUGUGUGUCCGUCUACAGAUGUGGGGGCUGCUGCAACAGCGAGGGGCAACAGUGCAUGAACACCAGCACAAGUUACCUCAGCAAGACGUUGUUUGAAAUUACAGUGCCUCUCUCUCAAGGCCCCAAACCAGUAACAAUCAGUUUUGCCAAUCACACCUCCUGCCGAUGCAUGUCUAAGCUGGAUGUUUACAGACAAGUCCAUUCAAUUAUUAGACGCUCCCUGCCAGCAGCACUACCACAGUGCCAGGCUGCAAACAAGACUUGCCCUGCAGAUUACAUUUGGAAUAACCACGUCUGCAGAUGCCUGGCUCAGCAGGAUUUUAUUUUUUCCCCCAGUGCUGGAGAUGACUCUGCAGACGGAUUCCAUGACAUCUGUGGGCCCAACAAGGAGCUGGAUGAAGAGACCUGUCAAUGCGUCUGCAAAGGGGGGCUUCGGGCUUCCAGCUGUGGACCCCACAAAGAACUAGACAGAGACUCAUGCCAGUGUGUCUGUAAAAACAAACUUUUCCCCAACUCAUGUGGGGCCAACAGAGAAUUUGAUGAAAACACAUGCCAGUGCAUAUGUAAAAAAACCUGCCCAAGAAAUCAGCCCUUAAACCCUGGAAAAUGUGCCUGUGAAUGUACAGAAAAUCCACAGAAAUGCUUCUUAAAAGGAAAGAAGUUUCAGCAUCAAACAUGCAGUUGUUACAGACGACCAUGUACAAAUCGAGUCAAGCAUUGUGAACAGGGACUUUCAUUUAGUGAAGAAGUAUGUCGCUGUGUCCCUUCAUAUUGGAAAAGACCACAUGUGAACUAAGAUUGUAUCUUUUCUAGUUCGUCAUUGUUCUUUCAUGGGAAACCAUGCUGCCAUGUUAGAACUAUGAACACAGAGACUUUGUGGACCGGGUAACAAAGACAAAAGUCAGUUUCCUGAACCACGUGGAGAAUGUUACAGAAAUGGACUGGAGCUCAUCUGCAAAAGACCUCUUUAAAAGACUGGUUUUCUGCCAAUGACCAAACAGCUGAGGUUUUUCUCUUGUGAUUGUUUUUUAAAAAGAAUAAUGACUAUAUAAUUUAUUUCCACUAAAAAUAUUGUUUCUGCAUUCAUUUUUAUAGCAAUAACAACUGGUAAAGCUCACUGUGAUCAAUAUUUUUAUAUCAUGCAAAAUAUGUUUAAAAUAAAAUGAAAACUGUAUUAUAA